UCAACAUACAAACCGCUGUGCCACCGCUCGCUCCGCGUGCACACAUUGACGGCACGGGAUGCCGGUUUGUUUCAGCCUCCUUCUACCUCUACCUGGACUCUGCAUCCGUGGGAGCUGGGGGAGGAGUGAGGCUCCUGAGUCCCAGCAUCAACACCAACCAGAACGUGUGCCUGAGCUUCUGGUACCACAUGUACGGCGAUGAACUUAUGACCCUGAACGUGCACGUGCUGGAGGACGGCGUAGAGAGACGCGUGUGGCGUGCGGAGGGGCAGCAGAGCAGCGCCUGGCUGCAGGGAACCGUCACCAUCCAGGCCAAGCCAGACACCCAGGUGAUCGUCGAGGGCAUUCGAGGAGUCACCGCGAUGAGCGACGUGGCGCUGGAUGACAUCACAGUGGUGCUGGGAAGGUGUCCAGAGUGUGUGAGCGGAUGUGACUUCGAUGAGAUGGGGGACUUCUGCGGCUGGGCGAACAGCGGAGGGGACUUUGGCUGGGAGCAUUGGAACGGUCCCACAAACACUGAGAACACUGGCCCUGACGAUGACUUCUCACGGCCUGGCUUUGGGAAUUACCUGCUGCUGGACUCUGAGGUCAACGACCCUGGAGCGGCGCUGCUGCUGGAGAGUCCGGCUCUCCCCUCCUCUGGGUGCCUCGUCCUGAGCUUCCACUACUUCCUGUAUGGGUCAGCAGAGAACAUGGCCAUCAACGUUUACAUCAAGGAAGGAGGCUCCAGCCGGCAGCUCGCGUGGUCCCUGCAGGGGAACCAGGGAGCGAGCUGGAUGCUGGCGCGGGUCGAAUUCUCUGGCAGAGGACCUGUGCAGUUCGCCAUUGAAGGAGUUCGGGGUGAAACGGACGAGAGCGACGUUGCUCUGGACGGUCUGUGUGUCACCGAGCAGGGCUGUGCGCCAGUCUGUAAACCCCCGACUACAAGUGGAAGUUCAGGUAAGCCCCUCCCUCGUCUCAUCACUACAUUCUUUACUUUGAAAUGUGAUGGAAAUUUCGAUCUUGUCUCGUUCAGAAAUGCACGCAUGUGACUGCAGCAGUGUAAACAUUUAAUUUCGUCAGUUUUGUGUACAGAGCAUUCCUAAACUAAAACAAAACUUUUUAUAAUUUUACCAGGUAAGGCCCCACCGAGCUACGUAGAUGA